CAUCUCCGUAAAGCUACAAGUAAAAUAAUAUUAGUUCUGCAGUUGAACCGGUACUAUUACGUACAGCAUUUAUCGUAAAAAUUAAACAAUUUAUAAGGUAACUUAAUUAUAUUAGGCAUAUACUGAGUAUUAAUGACCAUAACAGAAGCAUGUGGUAAUACUGGUAAUCUUUUUUUGUUGUCAUGUUUUCCGCCCGGAAUAUUUUGUAAUUGCACCUAUUUAUUUUUGCAUGGCCCGCCGUUAUUUUUUUUUACAAUCUGUGAACAUGUCCAGUAAUGUCACGUCAGGUAAUCACACCGAUAAACAAAUGUCUGCCCUGGAGGAAACAAGGAGGAAUCUUUGCGAUCAGUUUGCACAUGUCUCUGGAUCAGAAAGUGCUGUUGCACAGUGUUAUCUGGCAGAAAAUGACUGGGACAUGGAGAGAGCUUUGAACUCUUUCUUCGAGGCUCAUAUGGAUUCAGUCUUUGAUGUUGAAGAUGAAGAGGAAACCAAAAAUGAGUCUGGGAAAAAGAGAAAGGAAGUGGAUUCACCCGAGACAGCUGAUAGUAAAGGAGCAAAGAAAUCAAAGUCUGACAAAGUGCAUUGCAUUGACUUGACUGUGGAGGAGCCGUCCUGUUCCAGCAAUAUGAACUCAAAGGAAAGUCAAGCUGUUAGUAAAGGAUCCCAGUCUGAUGAUGGAGAUGGCAAGCUCUCGGUCAUCAGCUGGAAUGUGGAUGGACUGGACACAUUAAGUCUCGCUGACCGUGCAAGAGGCUUGUGCUCAUAUCUAGCUCUCUAUACACCAGAUGUGGUAUUUCUUCAAGAACUCAUUCCAGCUUACAUUCAGUAUCUUAAAAAGCGCGCUGUCAGCUACUUGUUCAUAGAAGGUAGCGAGGAUGGAUACUUCACAGGGAUAAUGCUGAAGAAAUCAAGAGUAAAACUUUUGCAAAGUGACAUCAUUUGUUAUCCUACAACACAGAUGAUGAGGAAUCUGUUAGUUGCUCAGGUGACCUUUUUAGGGCAGAAGCUAUAUUUGAUGACUUCACACUUGGAAAGCUGUAAGAAUCAAUCGGAGGAGAGAAUGAAACAGCUGCGAGUCGUAUUUCAAAAGAUAAGAGAAGCACCAGAUGACGUCACUGUCCUUUUCGGUGGGGAUACCAAUCUCAGGGACAGCGAGGUGGUAAAGGUCGGAGGCUUACCUCAAGGUGUGUGUGACGUGUGGGAACAGCUGGGCAAGCAGGAACACUGCAGGUACACCUGGGACACCAAAGCAAACAGCAACAAGAGCGUGCCUUACGUCAGCAGAUGUCGCUUCGACCGCAUCUACCUUAGGUCUGCUAAAACCGGACCCAAAUUUACUCCUGACCACAUGGUCUUGGUUGGAAUGGAGAAACUGGACUGUAGCCGUUACACAAGCGAUCACUGGGGAAUUUACUGCACUUUUACUACGUGAUUAUUACUGUUAACCCAAAACACUUAUAGGCUUUUAUACAGGAAGGGGAUUAGUGUAAGAAACAAACAAAUAUAAACAGGACAUUUAGCUGGAUAUAACCUAAAGUAUUUGGAUAAAGCAGAAGUUUGAAUUGUUUUUAUUUCUUUAUACAUCAGGAUUUGCUCACUACAGUGUUUUAUUUUGUAAUUAUGUUUCGUAUUGCAGCCAUAAUUUCUUCAGGGUCCUUAACAUAAUAAGGGUUUCCCCUUCCUCACCUUAUUUUCUGCUUUUAAAAUGUGAAAGUAUUAUCUGAAUAGUUUUACUUCAAUAAAACUUGAUUUACUAUAA